GUCGUUGCGAGCGGAAGCGGAAACUCGGCCAUCUCCUCCUCGCUCAAACAUUCGGGCUACACCAACGGGGUCAGCCCACACGCUCCUAUUUGAACCUUUCUCGUGCUUUCUCGUCACUUAUGUGGCUAACGUUUUGCAUUUGAAUGGCGCCGCGUCGCGCUCUGCCUUGCUCUCGAAGCCGGGCAUGCCUCCGCUAAACUCGGGCCGUUUCGCAGUCCAGCUGGCCAACUAGCAUCUGCUAGCUCGCUGGCUAAUCUGUCCUAGCCGCAAGCAGCAAGUGACACCUUUGACCACUCACUGUCUACAUCUUCCGGCGUCUGUAAUUUUGUGAUCCGAUGUUGCCACGGGAAGAGAAAAGACAUUGUUCGCUGUGAAUGUGUGGCGCACCAGAACGCAAGGCCACCCCGCGUACUGAGAGGAGAGACCCCGAUUCUGCAUUAUUCUUGCGUAACAGAUUCCAACUCAGCUCGAAGGCCCGACGGUUGCCAUGUCGACCUCAUCGCUACGGCGACAAGUGAAGAACAUCGUCCACAACUAUUCAGAGGCUGAAAUCAAGGUUAGAGAAGCGACAUCCAAUGACCCAUGGGGACCCAGCAGCUCUCUGAUGUCAGAGAUCGCCGAUCUGACCUACAAUGUCGUGGCCUUCUCUGAAAUUAUGAGCAUGGUGUGGAAGCGCCUCAAUGACCACGGCAAGAACUGGAGACAUGUCUACAAGGCCAUGACUUUAAUGGAGUAUCUGAUCAAGACGGGUUCUGAGCGGGUCGCCCAGCAAUGUCGAGAAAACAUUUACGCAGUCCAGACCCUCAAGGAUUUUCAAUACAUCGACAGGGACGGCAAAGACCAGGGUGUGAAUGUGCGCGAAAAAGCCAAACAGCUGGUGACCCUGCUGAAAGACGAAGAACGACUAAGAGAGGAGCGGAUCCACGCCCUCAAAACCAAAGAGAAGAUGGCACAGACUUCCAGUGCUUCUUCGGCACCCUCAGCACCCAACCUCGGGGGCAGCCUGUCGCUGGGGUCCCACUCCGGCGGCGCAGACCCCGAGCAGGCGUGGCCGCAGAGUUCCGGAGAGGAAGACCUGCAGCUCCAACUGGCUCUGGCCAUGAGCAAAGAAGAAGCCGAGCAGACUAGCAAGGACCCUCUGGAGGAUGCAGAGAUCCGCUAUGCAAUCACACUCAGCAAAGAGAUGCUCCAAGAGGAGGAACGACUGCGCAGAGGCGACGACUUGCGACUGCAGAUGGCCAUUGAAGAGAGCAAGAGGGAGAAGGCCAAGCCAGAAGAGAGUGCUCUAAUGGAGUUGAGUGCUGUGGACCCUUGGGGGGCCCCUGCUGCCGCCGCCGCCGCUCCCACACCCACCGUAGGCUCAGCCGGUCCUUCCCCUCCGCCAACACUUCCCAUCGCCACUUCAGGCCCGUGGGCAGCACCUGCCGCAGACCCAUGGGGUGUGGCCUCACCCACUUCCCCUACCAGCGCUGACCCCUGGGGCGGAGGGCCGCCGCCAACCAUAGCUCCUCCUCCGGACCCGUGGGGCGAGACAUCCAACAAAGUUAACAAUGUGGAUCCCUGGGGAAGCUCAGCUGUGACACCCCCCAGUGUCGACCCCUGGGGCCCCACAAUGCCACCCAGCACUUCCUCCUCAGGGGGGCCCAUAGACCCCUGGGCGAAGGACGUGCUUGUCCCCGCCUCUGACCCAAUCACCUCCGACAUCUGGAACGACUCUGCCAAUCACACUAACGGCACAGGAGACCCCGAGCGACGAGGGUCCUCAGCGACAGGAUGCAACAGCACCGGCUCUCCAGUUCCCUUUGACCUCUCCUCCCUAGGUUCCUCCCUACCUGUUCGCAAGACCCCAGAGUCCUUCCUCGGGCCCAAUGCGGCUCUGGUGGAUCUCGACUCACUGGUGUCGUCCAAACCUAAACCCAAACAGCCGCCCCCUCCAUCCAUCAACGCCUCAUCGGCGCACAACCCCUUCCUCCAGAACACAGGAACCAAAAGUAAUGGGACAAUUGGCAGCUCAUCUGUUCCAUGGCCAGGCUCGUCUCCAGCACCCGGCAUGGCCGUGACCCCGGGCAGCACCAUCUCUAGCCGCGGCGUGUCUCCCACACCGGCCUCGUCCAACCCUUUCGGCGUGGCUCCUGCCAUGAGCUCCAUUUCACCUCAGCCCUCGUCCCUGGGCCUGAGCGGCCUUCGCACCAGCCCCGUGCCUCCCAACCCCUUGCUGGGCAUGGCGCCCCCCGGAAUGAGCCUGGGGCCCAUGAACGCGGGGCCCCCCGGAAUGGGCCUGAGCAUGAUGCCGGCCGGCCCCGUGGCCAUGAGCUACAGCGGGCUCUCCCCGAUGGCGCCGCCGGGUUCCGCUAUGCUAGGUCCCGGAGCGGUGGCUCCCCCUCAGCUGAUUUUGGGCGGGCCUGGUAGGGCGGGUGCAGUGAUGGGCACAGGCGGCGCGGUGGGAGGCGCAGGAACGACAGGAGCCAGCACUAAUCCCUUUCUUCUUUGAGGACGAGUCGCCACCCUUCCGUUUUAAAACCUCUUCGUCUCAACCUGCUGCUCCCUUUUUAACAUCCACAAAUGUCCACAAAAGAAAACCUCCUUUCCGUUUGUCCAAAAGCAUUUCACAGACGACUCAUUUACACCACGUUCAUUUCCAGAGGGGUUAUUAAAAAAAUAUUUAUUUAGUCGUCUUCAUGUUCCGCGUGACACUCAUGUCUAACAUUUGCAGCCGCCGAAGACUAACACUGAACCUGGUAGAAGAUACGUGUGCAUGAAGAAUGAUUUUUUUUAACCAACUUCACAUGGACUGAGGAGAAAAAAAAAAUCAACAUUUCAGGUACAAUGUGGUCGAAUCAUUUUAAUUAAUUUAAGAUUAAUUUAUUGUAUUUUUAUCCACUUUUGGGAAGAAUUAAGAAAAAUCUAAUGUGAUCACGCCAUAUAUAAAUAAAUCAAAUGCUUAUUUUCCUUAUUUCCUAUUUGCUGUGGAAGCCGAAUCGGCGCUUCGACUGAUCUGACUCAUGUAUGAGAAAAGUAACGCGACGGUGGCGAAAACUUAUUCGUGCAAGUCUGAAAUAUUUCCAAUGCCUUUCUGUGUACGUAUUUCAAGAUGUCGUUCUUUUCUUGUGUUCUGUCUUGUUUCAGUGACUCACGAGAAGACAUUUGCAUCCUAUCGUUUUGUUUUGAAAGACUAACCUGUAUUACUACUCUGCAAUCUUGGAAUUUCAAGGUAUUUCUAAGGGUCGCACAUUUUGGCUGCCAAUGGGAAUUCAUUUUUGAUAAUCCACACCAUUUCAACCACGUUUGUACGUCCUUUUGUUUCGCCCCACGUUGCUGUUGUGAAUAGACAAUGAUGAAUGAGUGUGAAAAAGACAAACAUGAGAGACUUGACAAUGUGCGCCAAUGCUGUUCUUUUAAUUUACACAUUUUAUAUCGACAAGAAGAAGGAAAAACUAAUCUUAUAGCGGGUAAUUGUGUGCUGUUGACUGUGAACAUUCACAUUUGACAAAAGAAAUUUAUGAGAUUUUAUUGGGGGGGCAAACAGGAUGAGGGGAUAUGGCUGGUUUCAUGCUUGUGCUGUACUUUAAUGUCUUUAUCCUAUUUGCAAUUUUUACUGCUGCAGAGUACAAUAAUGUGACAAAAAUAAAUGUAUAUUUUAUUUUCCUUGA